UUUCCCUGUUGUUUUUCGAUCUGUUUUUCUUUGCUCGUCGUUCCUCUUGUGACUUUCUGUUGAGAACAGCUUUGUUCAGUUUGUGUCCUGCCGUUGUGUUCCUUUGCUUCAGCGCAGUUAAGAAGAUUUCAUGCUGAUCAUGGCUCACUGACCUCGACCGCCCGAUCGAGAGUCUGCCAUGCCGCUGCCCACUGGAUGCUCCGUCAACACAAACACUUCAGACGAGAGCGAAGACACCGAGGUUCUCCUGGAGAAGGAUGAUGUUCCUCCUCAGUGCUGCUCGGCUCGGCUCAACCUUGCCAUCCUCAUGUUCUUCGGUUUCUCCGUGGUCUACGGUCUCCGGGUCAACCUCAGUGUCGCCAUGGUAGCCAUGGUGAACACCACGGACCCUGCAGCCGAGAAGAAUACCACGGUAGUCCCUGCAUGUCCGCUACCACCAGGAGCAGAAAACACCAGCAAAGUUCUGCAGCAGCCUGACGGGACCCCUCAGUAUCCCUGGGACUCUGAGACUCAGGGCUGGCUGCUGGGCUCCUUCUUCUUUGGGUACCUGUUCACUCAGAUCCCGGGGGGCUACCUGGCCGGUCACUAUGGGGGAAAGUUCUUCCUCGGUCUGGGCGUGUUUGGCACGGCUCUCCUCACCCUCCUCACCCCUCUGGCUGCUGGGUGGGGGGUUUACUGGCUGUUUGCUCUGCGGGCGCUGGAGGGCUUUGGAGAGGGCGUGACGUUCCCAGCCAUGAUGGCGAUGUGGGCUCGGUGGGCUCCUCCUCUCGAGCGCUCCCGUCUGAUAACCCUGUCAGGUUCUGGGGCCAGCUUCGGCGCCUUCCUGGCCCUGCCACUCACCGGUUACAUCUGUGAAAAACUGGGCUGGCCCGCUGUGUUCUACCUCUGUGGAGGCGCUGGGUGCCUCUGGUUUGUAUUCUGGUGCGCUCUCGUGUCCAACGACCCUCGAACUCACCGUCGGAUCAGCGAAGAGGAGAAAGAGUACAUCGUAAACUCUAUUGGAGCUCAGGGCAAAGGUCACGGCUGGUCCCUGCCUCUUCUGUCCAUGCUGCUUUCAGUCCCACUGUGGACAAUCAUCGUCACCCAGAUGUGCUCCAACUGGUCCUACUACACGCUGCUCACCUCCCUGCCCACCUACAUGAACAACAUCCUGCACUUUGACCUGAAGUCGAACGGCUUCCUGUCCGCACUGCCGUACCUUGGCAGCUUACCUACCUCACUGCUGUCUGGAGUGGCUGCUGAUUGGCUCAUCGGGAAGAAGGUGUUCAGCAUCACCAACGUGCGCAAGAUCUUCACCUUCACAGGCUUGAUGCUGCCGGCGGUUUUCCUCACUGCCGUCUGCUACUCUGGAUGCAGCCACAUCCUCACCGUCACCUUCCUCACGCUCUCCACCAGCUUAGGAGGGACCAGCUCCGCCGGAGUCUUCAUCAACCAGAUCGAUAUCGCUCCUCAGUACGCAGGAUUCCUUCUGGGAAUCACCAACACAUUCGGGACAAUCCCAGGUGUCGUAGCACCGAUCGUGGCGGGAUACUUUACAGAAGAUCACACCCUGGCAGGCUGGAGGAAGGUCUUCUGGGUCGCUGCCGGGAUCAACAUGGGCGGGGCUGUCAUCUACACGAUAUUCGGAAGCGGGGAGAUCCAGUCGUGGGCCGUCGUGGAAGAGGAGGAGGAGGAGGAGGAGAGAUGAACCUGAGAGGAAGAGCAGUGGCUCCAUGUUGAAGUAAAACCAAGGAGAACAAGCCAACAUGGGAAAGAAGCAGAAGAUUAACUUAGUGUGGCUUUGAAACACUCAGAGUUGGUUUUAGGAUCAACAUUUCCAUUAUUGGAAACAAACGUUUAUUACAUGUUUUCUCAGGUAACGUUUACAUCAUUUCAAAACUCUUAAUUCACCUCUGAUUUCUGACAUUUUUCCUCCUAAUGAUCCAGAUGUUCCUGUAAUCAUUCAAGGAGGUCUUGCUCAGCAGCUCUCCAGGCAUUCUGAAGGUUUUCCAGAGUUUGUUUUUGGACUUCAGUCUAGUGCCCAACUGAAAUAUUCAUUUGACAUCAAAUAUGUUUAUGAUAUUGGGUUUCUCCUGCUUGUCUCAUCCUCCUGCCCUCCUUGGUUCUGGUUCAAUUAUUCUAAAGUAUUAUUAUAGAAAGAGGUCAGGUUUUAUCAGCAUUUGCUCCCCAGAGGUUAGGCCUGACAUGACAACAAUUCUGGCUUUCAGAAUUUCUCAUUAACAUUAACAUGCGGAUCAAGUUACCAAAUACAAAUGCAGUUGUAUUUUUUAAAUAUUAUAAAGCGACUGAGAAGAAUAAAACCUGUAAAUGGCAUUUGUUCCACAAGCCUUUAGUUUAUUACAUCAAUAAAAUCCAAUAAUGCAGUCUUUGCACUAUCAGAUGAUGUUUCAGUCAGACUUCAUCAGAUAUAAAAGAAAAUGGUGCUUUUUUUCAAUGAUUUAAGGCCAAACGUUGAACAUAAGCUGCUUGGGAACAUCUGACUUAAAGUUUAGUAUUAUUGAGGUGAGACCAAAACUAAACCACACGUCCAAUUUUCUUGAAGCAGAAGGUACAUGAAGUUUUCAGUCUUCAGUUUGACCAAAUGUCAGGACAAACAGGAGUCAUUAAUGUCCUCCUGUCCUGUUUUAAAAUGACCAAAUAAAGCACUUUCCACCAGAUGUCUGAGAGACACUA